AUGCUGUCGUCGACCUGCUUCCGAUCAGCCCGCGGGCUCGUGCGACUCGCGCCACGAUCUUUCACCACCACAGCCCGUCAAUUGGACACCAAGUCCGUGGCGCCCACGCCCUCGACAGAGUCCCCCGUCCCGAAGACCGAGAGCCAGGUGCCGACAGAGCUGCCCCAGGCGCCGAACAGGAAGGGCAUAUGGUCCAGGAGUCAGCGGCCGCGGCAGGAGGCUAUGACGGGUCCUCGGUUUGAGCAGACCGACUUCGAUCUCCAGCCCCAAUCCUACUCAGCCAUGGAGCUCAUCCACAAGCAGCCCGUCCGCUGGACUCACGACCGGGUUGUGUCUUGUGAUGGCGGUGGUGGCCCUCACGGACACCCCAGGAUUUUCAUCAACACCGACAAGCCUGAGAUCGCCGUCUGCAACUACUGCGGAUUGCCCUACGCAAAUGAGCAUCACCGCGAGCACCUCCAAGCGCUUCCGCAAACGUCAUACCCGCUCGAAGAUGUGGAGGGAGUCGGUGAAACCCCUCCUCUGUCUCGGCCUCACCCGCCCCACUGA